AGUUGUAUUUGAAUACGACGAAAAUUGGGCAUGUUCUUUUAAAUUUUUAUCCAUUUUCACGCAUGGAUUAAAAAUUGGAGAUGACGUCUACAAUUUUAUCGGACACACUUUUAGCUCGGUCAGGCGCUCUUUUAAUGCAGGAAGAACGUGUUUUUUUUAUAAAGCCUCGCAGGAGGUCAUAUGGACAAACGUGCUUCCCGCAUUGGCUAGUUUUGAAGAUUGCCAUUCCGUUUCUGAGCUAUUUAAAAGAACGGCGUCUUUUUUCACGUCUUGCAAAACUUUUGUACGAAUAUUUGAUGAUGAAGUGGAGAUCAUUCCUGAUCUUUUAUGCGAAAAAGGGAUGAGCUUCACAGACGGAAGCGGAUUUCUCUCUCCUUCGUUAGCGGAGGAAAUUAACCAUAUGCUUGGCUUUCGUAGAACCCCAUCUAUAUUUCAAAUCCGUUAUAAAUGUACUAAAGGACUUUUGAUAGUGGAUCCACAACUUCAAGGCCGAAAGAUUCUUCUUAGAGAAUCUAUGAUAAAACUACAUUCUUCCGUUUCUUCUCUUCUUGUCGAUUCUCAAGGGAAAAGGCAAAUUCAGUUAUCUCGGCAUCUUAGAUACCUCCUCCCGACCUGUCCACCGUCCGGCGCUCUCGAAGGCUCCUCUCGAGUUGCUAAUAUACAGAGGAGUCUCUCCCGCGCGACUAAUCGAAGAAUAUCACAAGGCCAAUAGCGCGGGCGACUGCAUCAGCGUUCUAAAGCGAGUACUAGCCAAUAGCAAUACAUGCACAGGCUUUCCCUCGGGGGUUGCGCUUUGCGGGAAUGCACGUGUGGUGUGCUUUUUAAUUGACUUCUUUACAGAUGACCUUCAUGAAGUUUAGGAAGCCUUCCUUUCAAUUACCUUUAUCGUGGAAUCUUUUUGGUAUUCCCGAGCCCAUCAAAGAUGACCAGCAGCCUCUUUUGCGGGAGGGACAGUGCAUAGUAAAAAUCAGCAAUGGCGAGGACUGCUUUUUUUUGAGCGGUCCAGUGUGUGUCUUUAAAUCUCCUAUUUUCCAUCCCGGCGAUCUUCAGAUCUACGAUGCUCUUCCGUGCAGCGAUAGUGCGUUAGCGGAUCGCUUUAGCUUAUUGGAUAACUGCGUGGUCUUUCCUGUGGUUGGUACUACGCCGCCCUGCAUGCAUCUCUCUCACGCCGAUUACGACGGCGAUCGUUAUUUUGUGAUUUCCAAUGUCAAAGUCAUUCCGACCUCUAACAUACCUCCUUUUGAUUACGGCGCCUUAUUUGACGGCAUCAGAAAGUCUAGACAAGCUAAUGAAACCUUACGAAUUUCAUAUUCAGAUCUUGUAAACUAUUGGCUGCAUCCGAGACAGGAGUCCGGCCGAGUGAUUCGUGCAUUUUUAAAUUUUCUCUGCUCCACGUGCUACGGUCCUCUAAGCGAGCAGUGCAUUUGUUUAAUUGAGCUUUUCUACAAAUCCCUCCACGGAAAUUUGCAAGAUGAGGAAGUUGAGCUGCUCGAGAAUCUGGAAAAAGAAUCAAAAUUGUUACCAGUCGACUCGACAGGCAUUAAAGUACUCGAAGAAACAAUUGAUGCCGUUCCAAGCGCCUUUUUUUGCAGGCCAAAUUGGGUGAAACUUUUUUUUCGAGAAUUGCGUGCCGACAAAGAAAAAAUGCUUGACUGGCUCUCCAAAGAUGAUGAGCUGAAGUACUUGAUGCCACGAUCUACGUGGGCCCAAUGGAUUAGCGCACACGAGAUUUAAAAUUAGCGGAAUAUUUUUAGCAUUGCUUCUUGUCGUG